AUGGCCACACAGGCCACUGUGCAGCUUCCUGAGCUCCCCUACUCGUACAGUGCUUUGGAGCCAAUCAUCAGCGGUGAGAUCAUGGAGCUGCACCACAGCAAACAUCAUCAGGCCUACGUGAAUGGCUACAACACAGCCUACAAGCAAUUCAAGGAGGCUGAGGAGAAGAAGGACGUUGAGAAGAUUGUUCAGCUGCAGAGCGCCAUCAAGUUCAACGGUGGAGGUCAUGUCAACCACACCAUUUUCUGGAAGAAUCUGACUCCUCCCGAGGACUUUGAGCCUCCAAGCGGCGAGAUCGCAAAACAGAUUGAGGCCGACUUUGGGUCCCUCGACAAGCUCAUCCCCAUGUUCAAUGCAAAGACUGCUGCCAUUCAGGGGUCUGGCUGGGGCUGGCUGGGUUACAGCAAGGAGCAUGACAAGCUGGUGUAUGCCAGCACACCAAACCAGGACCCCCUUGUCACCCAGGGGCUGGUGCCAGUGCUGGGGGUGGAUGUGUGGGAGCAUGCCUACUACAAGCAGUACAACAACCUGCGCCCAGAGUACCUGAAGAACAUCUGGAAGAUCAUCAACUGGAAGGACGUGGACGAGCGCCUGCGAGCAGCCAAGGCCUGAGCAUCCUCCCUGUCAGAUUCCUCUCACCUUGGACCAGGGCUGACUUGCUCGGAUGGCUGCUAUUCAAACCUUGCAGCUGGCCUGCACGGCUGUCAGCUGAUAGGGGCCAUGUGAGAAGAAAGCUGGUGAAGCAGCACUUAUGUGUAUGAGGAGUCCUCCUGUGUUUUUGAGUCAGGCUGUGGCUUCUGGUGCAAACGUGAUGGCGAAUUCGUGGAUUGGGCACUGUUGAUGAGCUGUUGUGAAUUGUGUUUAAAGAUUAUGCAGCAAAGCUACAGGAAGGAUAUGAGGUCAUUGAAGGCGUCACUGUCUCAUGAAAGAUUUGUGUGUGUGGUUGUGUGUUUGUAUGUGUGUGAAAGGACCUCUCAUAAUGCAUGUGAGCUGUUUGCAUUGAUCUCUAUCCCUGAUCAGUACCCCUGUCGCAGAAGGUGCAGUUCUUGGUUUCUGGUGCUUCUGAGACAUGAGAUCAUGACCAUUGAAGCACAUUGGUUGGGCGUUUGGCCAAAUUCUAGAGUGGGACUCUUGCUAGGAUGUCUGCUGGAUAUGCUAGCAGCGCUGUAUACCAUGUUUGCAGCAGUUGUUUUCAGUUCGACGGUGUGCGAGUGCAUGGCAAAUGGCGCCUUUCCCUUCCUCAAUGAGCUUUUUGGCAAUGAUGAAAUCAUUUGAGCGUGUUUGCCAAGAUCCUGACUCUAGAGAUCUGUCCGAACUGUGUCCAGAGCAUUGUCGUCUAAGCAGGGUUCACAGACCUCUGGGCUCUCGCCAUUAUGGCACACAUGAUUGCAUGGUUUUGUACAGUUGUUGAUGCGGUCAGUGACCGCCGGUCACCAUCAAGAUCUGUUUAGCCAUCAUAGCCAACUCCCCUUACAUAGUGUUAACUCGCAAAUUCAAUAGAC